UCCACAAAGAUUAUAUCUUUUUCAUCAUUUAUCUCCAUUAUUUGCUCCGGUGGCGGCUGGGUUGUCGUCAAAUUUUAUCUUUCCUAUGAGAGGUUCGGUUUUUUAAAAUUCAAAAUAGUAUCGUUUUUAUCAUAUUCAGCCUCUAAGCUAGCACGAUAAGCAACGCUGCAACUGUUUCGAUAUCUGUCACGUUACUGCUUUCUAUAUAAUUAUCAAUAUGGGCAUAGCCCAUAGCCUUGGAGGAACAAACCAGCGUGGAGAAAACACUCCUGAAAGAUUGAGAACCAAGGCAAAAGCAAUGGGUUUAGGCUUUCCCCCUCUGCUCUUUCUAUUACUCAUUGUUGGGUGCAAUGCAAGACCUCUGUAUCCACUCCCUAGUAAAAUCAUUAAUGGAGAGAGACAGCCUCUACAAACCUCACGACCAUAUAACCUUGCACACCGAGGUUCAAAUGGAGAGUUUCCUGAAGAAACUGCUGCUGCAUACUUGAGAGCUAUUGAAGAGGGUGCAGACUUCAUAGAAACAGACAUUCUUUCUUCAAAAGACGGUGUUCUUAUAUGCAUGCACGAUGUUACUCUUGAUGACACCACCGACAUUGCAAACCACGAGGAGUUUGCAAAUCGUAAAACAACCUAUGAGGUUCAAGGGGCCAACACAACUGGCUUUUUCAUUGUCGAUUUCACACUACAAGAACUGAAGACAUUGGGGGUGAAUCAAAGGUACAAAUUCCGGGAUCAACAAUACAAUGGAAAAUUCCCAAUUAUUACAUUUGAAGAGUACAUUUCAAUUGCACUAGAUGCACCAAGAGUUGUUGGAAUAUACCCAGAGAUAAAAAAUCCAGUAUUCAUCAAUCAGCAUGUGAAAUGGCCUGGUGGUAAGAAAUUUGAGGACAAGUUUGUGGAGACCCUUAGGAAGUACGGAUACCAUGGUUAAUAUAUGUCAAAAGAUUGGUUGAAGCAACCUGCAUUUAUCCAAUCCUUUGCUCCUACUUCACUUGUGUAUGUAUCAAAUCUGACAGACUUGCCCAAGAUCUUCUUGAUUGAUGAUAUCACCGUUCUAACUGAAGACACUAAACAGACAUACUGGGACAUCACUUCCGAUGCUUAUCUUGACUAUAUGAAGGAAUAUGUUGUGGGCAUCGGACCUUGGAAGGAUACUGUUGUUCCAGUGGUAAACAAGUAUAUGCAGACUCCAACCAGUCUUGUUGCCAGAGCACAUGCCCGUAACUUACAGGUGCACCCGUACACUUUCCGGAAUGAAGACUCAUUCUUACACUUGGAUUUUCAUCAAGAUCCGUAUCGAGAGUAUGACUACUGGUUAAACAAGAUUGGGGUUGAUGGACUCUUCACAGAUUUCACGGGCAGCCUUCGUCUUUACCAGCAAUGGACGUCUCCACUAUCUAAAGAUAAAGGAGAUGAUGAAGCCAAAGCAUUAAAAUUGCUACAUAAAAUUAAGUCUUUGCUCUUCUCUUAAGUUGUGACAUUUUUUUAGAAAUAAAAAAAUGUAUUUAAACCCUAGCAUCACCUCCAUUGUAACCUCAAUUGCAGCAAAAAUUAUUAUUAAUAAAUUUUGGGUUGGAGAUUUUGUCAAUAAAGAAAUUAUGAUGAAA